AUGAGCCCCCCUUCACCUACUUCCCGUCGCCGUUCGAAGCCAUUCCCUUCUCCACCAGUAAUGUCCAAGUCUCCCGACUCGGACCGGCCCCCACCUCGAGGAAAGCGAAUGAAGCAAGAAGACAUUGACCCCACCGUCGAUACCCAAGACCCUUCCAUUGUAUCCUCCACCAGCUCGACUUCCAAUGGACGUGCAUCCACCAGCUCAACCUUAAAGGCUCCAAAGCGAAAGACCAAGGAAAAAAAUCCGCCUCGUUCCGACCCAGCCGACGAUUCUGUGGCGCAACCAGAAGAUGAAGACAAUGGAGGAGUUACGCGUUGUAUUUGUGGAAGGGAGGACGAUCCUGACGCGGGGGAAUUCAUGGUCCAAUGCGAGACAUGCAAGGUCUGGCAACAUGGGCUUUGCAUGGGUUACGACUCGGAAUCUCAGCUUCAUGACGAUGACUAUUAUUGCGAGCAAUGUCGUCCCGAACUCCAUACAGAGUCUCUCAGAAAAUCUCGAAGGAGACCGCGCCACUCGUCUGCCAAUGGUCAACGCCAAUCGCGGUCCCAUUCUCCCUCCCUGCUCAAACAACCCUCAAAGCGGCGCAAUACCAUGAACAGCCGAGACGCUGCCUUUGACGAGAAUAUCAAGGAAAUCCUUGAAACAACAGCUGCUGAAGCGAAUGCGGCAGGCCAAGAACCCACUGUUGAGUUGGAAGCUGAUGGACCACCGAAUCGCAAAAAGCGCAAACGAAACGAAGAAGAGGCACCACCCAAAAAACGCACCAGAUCAGCCUCCAGCGCAUCCGAGCAACGGGUGGCCUCAGUAGCCCCUCGAGAAGAAUCACCUCCACCGCCACCGCCACCCAAAGCCGCCAAUAAAUCUGGGGCUCGACGAAGGGGUGGUGGCCGAAAGAUAGUCGACGGAGAGCAAGCUGUUCCCGCACCGCCGAAACGUGGCGGCGCUCGUGCCAAGGGUAGCAAACGCGCUGCUGCACCACCAGUUUCCGUCACAAACGGCCAUUCAGCAUCAAACAAUACGGCUUAUCGCAACUCACAUGCUUACGCUGUCUCGCAACAACAAAUGCAUACCUCCUGGAAUCUUCCGGAUUAUCUUUCACACCUUGAACCGAUCCUCCCCUCUGGCGUCCCACAACAACCCCAAGUCAUCAGUGGGGGCCCUUCAGCCUCCGCUAGUCGCGGGGAAAGCGAAGAACGACAAGAGGUUUUGAAGGUCAAAUGGCCGAGCAAACGGAUGAGUGUCGGUGACAUGAAUAAACGUGUCAGAGCUCUUGUGGAGUGGGUGGGAAGAGAGCAGGCCAGCGCAUCGGAACGUAAUAAACGACGACAAGCGUUAGAAGCUGCUUUGCAGGAAGAGCUAGCCAGAGACAUCGCAAUCCGAGCGGAAAAUCCGGAUGAAGACAUACCAGAGCUCGUCAUUCCCAAAUGCGAGGACAGACAGGCUAUAUUCGCGGUGAAGCAAAUGGAGGGGUUAAUGGAGGAUCUUAUUAGGUUCCAGGAGGCUUAUUGA